AUGGCGGACGCCACGUGCAUUCAAAACUGCCACACGGACAAGCACAGCAUUAUGGACAAACUCGAAGCCAUACUUGACGCCUUCUGGGUACGAAUAGCGAGCAAGGAGCGACACACUAAAGUGUGUAAACCCAUCAAAAGACCCGCACAUACCCACCGCAACCGCAUAGGCCCCCGCCUGAUGGGACCUAAAAGUUGGCGCCAAAGACGGAGAUCCCACCUGCUUAAACACAAACAGGCAAGAUCAAGCCACACUGUGACCCUGGCCCGAAUUGGCCCACAAGCUCACCCCAGACCCUGCAUGAAGCGGAGACCCGAACAGCAACCAAUAACAAGCAAGCUUCACUCACAGCUCCGAUCCUACCCGACGCCAUGGAGAGCUCCAAAGCACCAAACGGAGAAUACACUUACCCGCAACGUCCAUGCCGGUUCCUGCGGUGACGAGCAGAUGAGACAGCAAUUGGAACACACAGCGCUGCUCAUGACAGAGCCUCAGCAGGACUUUCAAACGAUCCCAACACCCUUCAAUGCGCUGGGUAUCGGCUGA